AUGGUUGUCAGCACUGAUUGGAUUGAGGCACAAUUUCCUUCAGAUAUAAACUUGUGUAUUAUACUCCAUGGACGACCGGCAAUGACUCGGCAGUUGGGACCCAACCGUGUCUUUAUUAUGCCGCCAAUGAAGGAUGAAAGGUUUGGUGUUUUUCAUCCAAAAUUAAUGCUAUUGGUUCACGAAUCAUCUUUGCGUGUCGUAAUUGGAUCCGCUAAUUUGGAACGGUACGAUUACAACGACCUAGAAAACGUUGUAUUCAUCCAAGAUUUCCCGCUCCUCACAAAACAUGUCGACUCAGCUGAUCGACUUCCUGAGUUCGCACGAGAAAUAUACGAUUUGCUUUGUCACAUGCAUGUACCAUCCUCAGUAAAAACGGAGCUGUUCAAGUACGACUUUUCUCGAGCUAAAGCGCGUGUCGUGGCGUCCGUCUCUGGUGUCUUUGAAGGGGAUGAUCAGUAUAAGCGAUAUGGCCAUGCUCGUCUCGCUCAAGUAAUUAAAGAUAUAGGUGCUGCUGAUCCAAGUCGUCCGCCACAAGUAGAAAUGCAGACUUCUUCAUUAGGUGGUCUCAACAUAAGCUAUCUGCACGAGCUGCAUCGAACCUUUUCAGGGAUGGAUCCUUAUGCAAAUGGUGGCAAGACACCACGCCAAUCGAAAACAAACGAGCUUCCCCCAAUAGACAUUGUAUACCCGUCAAGAGAUACUGUAGAAGACAGCGUGCUUGGUCCACCUGGUGCGGGCACUAUUUGCUUAAAUACUAGCUCGUGGAGAAAAUCUACUUUUCCAAAGCAAGUCAUGUGCGAUGCUAUUAGCCACCGAGAGGGCACCUUAAUGCAUUCAAAAGUAUGUAUGAUGUUAUAUAUAAAGAGUCACAAUGCCACUAUGGGGGCUUGGGGUAAACUAUCUCUUUCAAAGAAUAGCAAAAAACCCAAGAUGGCUAUCAACAAUUGGGAGCUGGGCGUCGUUCUUCCACUAUACGAGGAUUCAAAUAUUCCAGUGACGUAUGUACGGCCUCCUCCUCGAUAUAAGCCAUCCCAAAACGCAUGGACUCAGGAUGCAGAGUGGUCAUAA